CAACAGACUUGAUCUUUAUUGGCAAGAAGGUAUUUAACAUAAGUUUCCUCUGUUUCCUUAUUCUGUUUCAGAACUUGAAAUAUAGGUUUGAAUGUGCAUAGCAAGUUUCAUUUAAAAAAGCAACUACAUUACAUUUCUAUCUUUCUCAACCUGGCACACAUGGUUCUCUCCCCAUUCUCUCCUCAAAACAACCAUGUAAUGUAGGUUAGGCAGAGUGAAGAUGAAUAGCAAAAGUUGAGCUUCGUAGCUGAGUGAUUUGAACCCAGGUCUCCCAGGCCCAAGUCUAACCACAACACUAAAGAAAGAUGUUGCAUUACAAACAAAUAUUGCUGAACAAUUAAAUCAAGGCUUGACAUUUCUUACCCAACAUACUAUAAACAUAGUAUAAUCAGCUUUAAUAUUGAUUUGCACAGCAAAUUUUUAGUUUCUUCUUAUCUAUAUAUGUGAGGAACAAUUUUGCCAAUAGUUGUUCAUUAUGCCAUUUGGAGUUGUGCAUGUCAUAUUGAAGAGAUGCAAAAUUAAAGGCAUUUGUACAUAACAGUUUUUACCAGGAAAUAGACAGCAAAACAACCUUUGGUGAAGUUCAGUUACAUAUUAUUUCUAGUGUCAAACUUUCAUUAUUCUGGGGGCUAUAAAUUUGGCAGUGAGCAAAUUAAGCAUUUGCUCCCUCCUAAAUGGUCCAACCAGGCUGUAUGCUCAUUGGCUUUCAGAUUUCAUGGAAUUUUUAAAGUGUCAGUUGGGGAUGUGGAAAUGGUAAGAGAAAACUGGUUUGCUUGAGUUCCUAACAUGUCCCUAAGCAGCUGAAUGACAGGCUUGCUGAAUGGAGGCUUUGACAAUUCUUAGAUUAAUCCCUACUGCCAAGCCAGUCUUUUGUGGUUUGGGGUAUUUUUCAAAGAGACAGACAGAUGCCAACAACAACUAGUGAACCUGAACGGCACUUGACUUCUUAGUAUGUGCCAAUACAGUUUCCAGACUGGUUUAUGAUAUUGUUACAUGGCUGUGCAUUUUAUCAAUGACCAAUAAUUGAAUUUAUAACAAGGUAUUGGUGAAAGUGCAGAACCUGACAAAUGUUCCAGGUGUGUGUUUUCAGUGGCUUGCUAUUUUCUGGUAGGUAACUCGUGGAAGUAAUGAUGAGAAACUGUUGUCAUCUCUUGAGAACCUUCCCAGUAUGUUCUACUGCAUUCAGCGGUUCACCUCUCUUUUUCUUAGUUGUCUGUAACAGGAACAGAAUCUCAAAAACCUUGUGUCAAUCCAGACAAUACUGGAAUAGAAGUUUGUGGUAAUACCCAUUUAUUGAGUUCACCAAUAACAUAGGAUUCAGGCUCCUUAGUUAUGUAGGUUUGCAGUUUGGGGUACUUCUGCAUCCAUUAUUGUACACAGACUUUCCGGAAGUGGUGUAGGUUACGAGCUGAUAAGACUGAAUCUAUAGUAAGGAUCAAAGGCAGAACAAUAAUUAUUCAAGCCUCUUUAACCUCUCUAGACUUCAUGAUUGAUUACUUACCCCUGAAGGCUGUACAAAGGUUGCAGUCACACAUCCCCCCCCCCCGCCCCAGUAAUUGCUUGAGAAUAGUUCUACAGACAAAGUAUCUUUCUCUAGUCCACUUUAAAGUCCCUGCAGAGUAACUUCCAGAAGGAAAGAAUCCAAAAGCUGCAGGUAGUGUGGUCAUACCUUGACCAGCCAUACCUUGGUUAGGGCAAGUCAAAAUGUCACAAAGCCAUAUUUCAAGUUCUUCAUAACUUUUCAUCAGGUUAGCUGUUGAGCAAACUGGAUAGGGGAGGGGUGUUUGAAGACGCUGGACAUGUAUAACAAGCUUAAGACACAAACUUUUCCUGCACUUCAACUUUGUGAUAUUUUGUGUUGUUCUAAUAAAGCAUUACAGUGCUGUGACUUUUGGGUGGUUUUGUACAGUUUUUGUUUGCUUCACGGGAUUUUGAAACUAUGAAAAUGAUCUGACAAAGGGAAUUAACAUUUUUGAGGAGUGAGGGGUGAGGAGGGGAUGAUAGACCAUUGAACCUUCUGUGGGGUCUAUACAGUGGAGUGCACCUCCAGGGGUAAAGUCAAACCGCUGUGUCAGCAGCAUGGACCGUGUGUGUUACAUUUAUAUCCCACCUUUUUCUCCAAGGAGUCCACGGUUCACCCCACUCCUCAGCUAAUCCCUACAACAACCCUGUGAGGUAGGUGAAGAGGUUUGACUCAAAGGUCACCCAGUGAGCUUCAAGACUUGAGUGAGGAUUUGAACCCAGACCUCCCCAGGGAUGCUGGUGAUUCGUGUGUGUGGCAUCAGCCAGGCCCCCCCAGAGGCAGGACUCCUCUCUCCACAGAACAGACGUUGCUGCUGCCGUCAUGAGUGGGAAGUCGCUGCUGCUGAAGGUCAUCCUCCUGGGCGAUGGGGGUGUUGGGAAGAGCUCUCUCAUGAACCGCUACGUCACCAACAAGUUUGACUCGCAGGCUUUCCACACCAUCGGCGUGGAGUUCCUCAACCGGGACCUGGAGGUGGACGGGCACUUGGUGACCCUCCAGAUUUGGGACACAGCCGGGCAGGAGCGCUUCAAGAGCCUGCGGACCCCCUUCUACCGGGGGGCCGACUGCUGCCUGCUGACCUUCAGCGUGGACGACCAGCGGAGCUUUGACAACCUGGGCCACUGGCAGAAGGAGUUCCUCUGCUACGCCAACGUGAAGGACCCCGAGCGCUUCCCCUUUGUGGUGCUGGGCAACAAGGUGGACAAGCUGGAGAGGCAGGUGAUGCCCGAAGACGCCCGGGCCUGGUGCACGGAGCACGGCAACUACCCCUACCUGGAGACAAGCGCCAAGGACGACACCAAUGUGGCCGUGGCCUUUGAGGAAGGUGUGCGGCGGGUGUUGGCCGUGGAGGAACAGCUGGAGCGCUGUGUGCUGGGCAGUUCCAUCAACUUGCAUGCCAGCAGCAAGGCAGGCUCUUCCUGUUGCUGAACAGCCAAGGGGGUGGGUGGGAAGGGCACGUCCUGGAACGG